GACGAGUAGUCCAAUUUUCUCUUAAUUGAAUUAAGCUAGCAAAGGGGACUCAUCGUCAAAUUCAAUGGUGGAUACAUCAGUUAUCACUGUACCCAUGCCUUUAUUUUACUCUAAUAUAUCAUCUUCGCUGGUCCCUGUUUCUUGCCAUUCUUCCGCUUCUCUCUCGAAUCGACCCAUCAGGUAUGCAGUUCUUGGUGCUGGCUUCGCUGGGUUGUCUGUAGCUUGGCAUUUGCUCAAUUGCAGUUCCAAGAAAUUGGAUGUGUGCAUCGAUAUUUAUGAUCAAGUCGGCAUUGGUGGAGGUGCCUCUGGAGUUGCUGGUGGACUCUUGCAUCCAUACUCCCCAAAAGUUAAGCUACUUUGGCGGGGCGCAGAGUGCUGGAAAGAGAGUUUAGAUCUUCUUAAUGUUGCUGAGGGUGCACUAUUUAAGCUAGUAAACGGGGGAAAUCAAGACUCUCCCCCAAACAGUGAACCUUCCAUCGUCAAUAGGAGAGGAAUCCUAAGACCAGCUCUCAGCUCGAAGAAUAUAGACCUAAUGAGUAGUAAUGCUGAGAACUGCCUUACCGGUUGCAGAAUAGAGUCCAUUCAUGAGGAUGCUGCUCAGGGUCUUGUGCCUGAUAUUUCUGUACCAUUAAACUUGGCAUUUUAUAUGCCUGAAGCCCUGAGUAUUAAUUCUCAAUGCUAUCUUGAGGCACUGUACCUAGCAUGUGAAAAUCUAGCAGAAGACAUGUCCAAGGUGGGUGUUGCACGGAAAGAACUGUCUUUGCACAAGAAAUCUGUUGAGAACCUCUUAGAACUAUCAGGGGAAUACGAUGCAAUUAUUAUUUGUCUAGGCGCCAGGGCUGCCUUUUUGCCAGAGCUCUCGGGAAGGCUCCCUUUACGGAUGUGCAGAGGUUUAGUUACUCGCUUGCAGCUUACUAAUGAUCUCAGAAAAGAUUAUCCGAAAUAUAGCCCUUCAAUCUUGUCAGACGCAUGGCUUUCUGUACAAGGUGCUCGCAGUAUGCAUAUGGGUUCAACAUGGGAGUGGAAGUCUACAAAUUAUUCAAGGGACGUUUCUGUGGAGGAAGCUACUAAGGCGAUGGAAGUGCUUCUACCAAAGGCAUCUGCUGUGUACCCACCCAUUAAAGAAUGGACAAUAACUGGUGCAAUGGCAGGACUAAGGGCGAUGCCACCACUCACUGCAGAUGGAUCGCUUCCAAUUCUUGGCUGCAUAGAUAACUUGAUACAUGGUGGUAAUAAUGGUGGUUGUAAGUACUGGUUGUUUACAGGGUUGGGGGCAAGAGGUCUGCUGUUCCAUGGGUGGCUUGGGAAGCUAAUGGCCCAGGCUGUGCUUUCCUGUGAUGAAGGUUUGAUCCCAUCUGAGUUGACUUCAUGGAAGUACGAAAUGCAGCAGCAAUAGUAAGUAGUCGAGCAUUCAUGUGUUUGAAGAGCCAAAUAUUCAAGGCCAGUUUUGACGUCAGUGCUUAACGAAGAAGAAGAUACUAAUGGUGUCAGGGAUUGUGCUAGCUAAACAAAGGGGGUGACUAGCAAGAAAAGCUACAAGCUGAUUAGAAAUUACAGCGAGGAGUAACUUUUGCUACUUGAUUUCACGGAUUGUGAUAAUUGUACUUGCUAUGGGUCCAUUCAUGGCUCAUGCUCCUGCAGUGCAUGCAAUGUUUUGUGACACUACUUAUAUUGUGAUGUACUUCCGUAGUUGGGCUAGGACGUCUCAAAAUCUGUUGGGGUAUAUGUCCAAAAAUAGUAGGAAUUUACAGCAGUAAGAUAAACAUUUCGAUUGUUAUUAAAUAAUAAUAGGGUUUUCCUCAUUGUUUGCUUUAUGAAUUACAUCGAUUCCUUAGACA